AUUCUGUUCAUGGAAUGCAAAUCAGAAUUUGCUCUUUCCUUCUACAGAUCCAAAAAUAGAACUAGGAAGUUUGUACCAUUAAAUAUUUAUCCAAUCAUUCUGAUGGUUAUCUCCUGGGAGUUCUGUCUCUUCUGUACCAUGAGUGGGAGGUGGGAUAGGAGUGGGAAACAAGACAGGCUUUCUCAAUGUGGCUUUGUCUGUUUGUGAGAAAUAUUUGGAUACUUGUAUGUACAUAUCUGUUGUCAGACUUGUCGUGCUGAACAUCUUAUCUGCAAAUAUGACGAGAACUUUUUUUGCUUGUUUGUCUUGAUGCAAACAUAACAAGUCUGAAGUUUUCUUGCAGAUGUUUUAGAGACAUUCAAGACAAGUGUUCAUGUGUUUUCAGAAAUGAAUGUUUAAAAAAUUCUCAGCUGCAUAUGACCUGAUUUUUCAUUUUAAAUGUUAGGUAAAGCAAAUAAGUGGAAUGGGAACAUACUUAUGGAUGCUGAGGUUUGUUCCAGGGAAUACGUGUUGUUCUGGUGGAGGGUGGUGAUUGUUUCUUAGCUAAGGUAGAUGACAUGGAAGAAAGUGAUAGCAGUCUUCAUAUUACAUAAGUCUUUUCACUAUUGCACAGUUUGUGAUUUUUCUUGCAACUUCCUUAGGGAGGAGCAAGCAGAUGCAUAGACUAGAUUUGCACACUCUUCCUGUGGGGGAUUUCCUUUCUUCCUUGAACACCACUGUUUUUGGCUAGUACUUUCUGGAGUAUAGUUCUGCCAGUCACCAUUCCUUCGUAUCCCAGCAUUUUGCAUAGCAACCUAAACCAUUUACCCUAUUGUUACUUAUUCCUGGUGAAAUAAAUUCAGUUUCUGAAUUUGUCCUGGAUGAUAAAUUCAAUUAUAGUCAUAAUACAUGCUGAUUAUCCGAACUUAAUAUAGGCUUCUGUUUGCAGCUUGGCUUUUUAGCUGGGAUUAAAAUACCUUGAUGCUAAAAAAUGCUUAUAUCAGUGAUGUAGGUAUAUGCACAAAGACUCCCUCAUUUUGCUAACAAUAUGAAAUUUUCACUUGGCACGUAUUGCAGGAAUAGAAACGCUAAAGGAGAAAUAGACAAAUAACGUUCAAUCUUCCUUCCAUAUGUUCAUUAGCUGCUACUGAAAUUUUGUAUCAGUCUAAAAAAUAAAAAUAUGUCAAGGCAUGUUUCAAAGUAAUUUUAUAGUGGUAACAGCCCACUUAUUUUUUCAUUUGAGUGGAUAUGAAGGAAAAAGCUGCCUGCAGAAUGUCUCUGUUAAAUACAGCAUGUAAAAACUACAUUGAUAGACCUGAUAGACACUUCCUUAAUUAAGAAGUGCUGAAUAGACCUUCUGUAUGUUUUCUGUAGCUUGUGUAUAAUGCACUUUAAAGUUACAGAGCUAAAGGUUCAGGUAAAUGUUUUCCUUGUAUCUCCUUCUGCUGUACUAUAUCUGCAUCUUGCAGGAAUUCAGCAUGCCAGCAGAAAGCUGACCAGUGAUUAGCUAGUGCUGAAUGUACCAAAGUAGGGCAUCUGAAAACCAGGUCAUAGUCUGUAGUGGAGAGUCCAAGUAUGUAUACAUACUGUAUUUUAAGAGUAGUGGCAUGCAUUGGAAGCUAGGUUGUGAUUGUUUCAGGUUCAUAAAAUUCAGCAACAGUAGAUCAGACAAUGGCAAUGUAUAUCACAAGCCUGAAAGGUUCUUUUUUUUCCCUGUUAAAUACCAGGAGGAGCCAUGUUUGUUUUUUUACAGCAUAGGUCUGAGUAUCUCUUCUUGUAGUGGUUUAAUUGGAUUAAAAAGAUGUGGCUUUUUUCUAAGGUCAUGUUAGUGAUGAGAAAUAGAAUAUGUAAGAUCUGUGUGAACAAAUAAGGCAGAGUACUUGGAAAAAAAGAAUUUCAGGGUUCAUGCAGGAAUGUGAAUAUGUAUGGGAAAGAGGGCAUUACAUAAGCAUCAUUCAUUUUGAGUUUUGAUGUAGACUGUACUAAGUAUAAUCAUGGAUUUCAACCUUUGUUCCCUUUCACAUUAACAUAAAACUGCCUCGUAUGUCUGUAUGAGACAUUUGUGGCAAUUGCAGCAAUUGGAUUCGUCUGUUACAUUUUGUCUGAUAGUUUGAGAUACAGUAACUUUGUGAACUUGAAUGUAAGCACUAUUGAAAUGAAAUGGAUAGAACUCUCCAGUUUCUAUUCUGAUUUGACGAUAUGCUGCAACUGUUUGCCAAUUUCUUCUCUGGUUGUAGCUGGAAGUACAGUUUACACUGGUGUGUGGUUAGUCUAGAUUAAUCAUCGUGUCCAUAGUGAAAAAGAUCCUUGUGAUUAAGUGCAUUUACACUACAUUACAUUACAUAUGGCUCAUCCAGAGAUGUCAAAGUAACUGCAGUAGUUCAAAUAUCUAAGAAAGUUACACACCAAAUAAAAUCAGAUUUAUUUUUGUAGAAAUGGUAUAAAUCUAGAGGAAAUUUACCGUGAGGUGUAGUGCAUAUUAAGGUCAUCCAGCUUGCUGCCUUGUAUCUGAUUUCUGUCUUUGUAUGCUCUAUGUUGCUUUGGGUUCAUCAUACCCAGAGGCCUCUUCCCCCUUUAAAUGCAGGAAAAUAUCAAAAAGUGAAAUUUCUGCAGCUACUGGAAGUGUAGUAUAGCUGCACUGCUAGCUAUGUGUAAUGAGCCUCCUCUUUAGGAAAACAAAAGCACUGAAGCACUUCAGAGAACAUUUAAUUUACCUAUCCUGUGACUUUCUACAAAUAAGCAUUACAAGCAACUGCAACAAAAGUCUCAACACUUCACAAUUGGAUAAACAUAAGUUAAAUAUGAACCAAACUUUCAGUGAUGAAAUAUAAAUUUUGCUUUAAAAAAAAUCCUUAAUGGCUUAUAAAUUUUUUACCAAAGAGUGACUAAAAUCUUCCUGUGCUUUUCACGCAUCAGUGGUGUGACAGAUGAAAUUAUCAUCUGUGCACGAUUCUGUAAAAACUGUCAGAGAAAGACAUUCCUCUACAAAUGUUUCAAAAUAUUAAUUUUAAGUUAUUUGCAUUUCCUUUUGCAUAAAGAGAAAAUUCUACACAAGGAACCAGUUUUGCAAAUGGAGAUCAAAGUUCCUAUGCCUUUUGUUCAUAGAGUUUUUCCAUUGUAUAAUGAGCUAUACUGUUGGUUUUGUAGUAAAUUUUUGUCUCUGUGUUUCUGUAAGCCCUUUAUGGUGCCAUUUUUCUUCUUCCCUUAAGCAAACUGUACUUAACAUUCUUAUCCCUCUGGUGGCUUUCAUUGCUUAGUAAGCCUUGUUACACUUAAUACUUCGGGAAUUAGAAGCGUCUCCAAAGACAUCUGAUGUCAUUACAACAAACCCAGCUUAGAAAAUUUCCUUUCCCCCUUGCUAGCAACAGGCAAACAUUGCAGACCUGUUUAUUGAGCAACUAACAACCAUUUCUGAUAAGGUAUCUUCCCUAUUAUCUUGGUUCAGAUGAUACCACUUGUGGCAGGUAACGAUUUCGGGUCUGGAUUUUGGCCCUCAUUAAAACACACAUGAUAUUAUGUCUAUGCUUAGCAGAGCAGUUCUUUGUAGCACAUGAACAAAAUUUUGAAGAUUCUGAAAGCCUCAGGUAUCAUGAAGUGCUUAACUUUUCACUUUUCCGAAGAGUCACUUAAGUACUGAUUGUUGGCCAGUAUUGCAGAUUCCUACAGAAUCAUAGGAAGACACCUGAUGUACCCAGCUCCACUAAGUGUUCUAAAUUUGAAAGUCUGCAAGAGAUACUUCAUACAGGGCAAAGAUGCUAAAUAUUUGCGUCACCUACCAAUGAAAUAGACAGUUCAGGAAUGAGAACAGCUUGUAUAUUCUGAGAAAAAGUCUUGAAGUCUGAGACUCUUAGCUCCCGAGUUCAUCUAUUCAGAACUGUGUACUAAAUGAGUUGUCUGGUGUGCUUGAUUUAAUUUUAAUAGAUCAUAGCUUCAGUAGGCAUGUAAAUGAUAGCUAAGUGGAGGGUCUUUUCAAGUGGUGAGAUUCUUGCAUUUAUGGCAUUGAUAACAUUUUUGUCUUUACAAAUUCCAUCCAAUCCAGGUAUAAAAUGAAUUAACUCUGGUUCUUUUCUAACAAACUGGACAACAAGAAAUAGUAGCUUUUUUUUUUUUUAAUUAAGAAGAAAAAAGAAAAAAUGAGAAACAACCAAACAACAGAGUCAAAGCAGUGAUUUGUAUGGGUUGCCAACACUUACACUGUGUAUGUAUUUUAAUAAAGCAUGAAAGUGAAUGUAAAUAGGGAGCUUUGCUCAGAAAAGCUUAGGAAGAAGCAGAGUAUUGUGAAAAGCAGCCUCUGCUUUCUGGCUCUCAACUGUAGUGGGUGUUACUGGGUUUUGUUACUCCUUCAUUUACACAGAUUAAUUAUCUUUGAAGAAUGCCUCACUUAUUUGUCAGAAUGAAAUGAGUGGAAUUAAUGCUUCAGAAGACAGUUAAUUGGAGAGUAAAUACAAAAGGCCUAGCAAGAUAUCUGUGCUAAUAUCACUGCAUAUGCUAAAUUUGUUCCAACUUGAUAUGCCUCACAGGUGAAAAGGAUCUGGCUUUAACUUCUAUUGAUGUGAAGUGUAUUUGGCUUUGGAAGUGACAGGCAGCUACAGUUAAAUUAAAAAAACAAAACAAGCGAACAAACAAAUCACCUUAAUAGCCUUGCUUAGAAUUACUUGAGGUUGUUCAAGUGCUGUAAAGCUAGACUUAAACUUAUAAAUUCUGCCCCCACCAGUUUGUGCAUAAGCAAAUAAUCAGCAACCAUAUUAAAAAUGCCUUGUAGUUCUGUGAAUGCUACUGCCUUAAUAGAGUCCAUUUAAUUUGAGCUUUUUGAAGAAAAUGAUACUUGAAAAUUUCUGUGCUAGAAUGCAACGUUUUGUGUAUUAAUAGCCAGUUGGUUUGUUGUUAUUGCCCCUUCCUUUGUGGGCACAGAAAACUCAUGACAUUCAAAGGGGUUGAGGUAGAGGACGAAAGGUUUCUUGUGUUUUAUAAUCAUACUUGAUUAAUUGAUCUUAAGUACUGUGAGGGUAGUAUUGAAUAAAUUGGUACCCCAGUUUUUAUCACUUUCACUGCAAUUCAUGGCAAGAGCUGUUAAUUUCUGCUCAUUGAUACACUGUUAAUUUAAUGAUGUGUCGUAAGGUUUUCCUCAACUGUUUUUAUUGCUUAAAAAAAAAAAAAAAAUCAUCACUGAACAGCACCAUGCAUGGGAAAGAACUAGGUCCAUGUUUGAUAGUUCUGAUGCUGCUAGGGAAUGUGCUGGGUUACAGCCAUCUCUAGCUGGUUUCACUAAAUGUUAUACCAAAGUAAUUAGUUUGGAAAGCUAUUCUCAGGCAGGUCCUCUCUUGGCUUGCCUUCCCUCAGAACAAAAUUAGGUGAAGUCUGCAGUAGUCAGGCUGGUUAACUUGCUGCUGACUUCACCUGCUCUUCUCUUUGCUUUCCUCUUCCUCUUUUCUACAGUCUGUAGUUGACUGGAGUCAUGUUGGUGUCAGAAAGAUUUGAUUGAAUUAGGUCUUAUUUUUGAGAGGAGGUUUGUUAAAUAAUUUAUUUCUGUCACAGUAAUGCAGUAAACCAGUGCUUCAUGAUUCUUACUUAGUGAUUUAGAUUAGAUGUAGUGGGGUCACCAGCGCCUUUCUAAUGGCCUGCGCAAAUCGCUUUUCUCCCCAUUAACUCUAUUCUGGAAUGGAAGAUUGUUUCUAUUCUCUGUCGUAAAGGGAGAAGAAUGUAGCAUGUGAUCUUCUGAAAAACAAAUGUGUCAAAAAUAUUAUGUAUGGUUUUAUAUCUUGUUUUAAAAAGAAAACAAACAACAAAAAAAACACACCAAACUGUUAACCGUCCACAUACUCGAACACAAAAUUAGCCCACCUUGAAUUACCGGGCUUGUGACUGGCUGAGAUGGUUCUUUACAGUUGCUGUUCAUGAACUUUUCAUUGGAAUCAUCUAAACUGAUGUCUAGUAGCAAAGAAGUAAUAAACCUGUGUUUAUUUCCCGUUUAAAUUUAUUUUUGCUACUUUUUGUCAUGGUACUGUUACUAACACAUUUAUGACCAGCAUGGGUUCCCCUUCAAGAUACUUGGAUAAACAUUUUGUUUGUGAUGUUGUAGAAAUACUUCUAGUUAGGCAGGAAACAGGACAGCUGGGAACAUCUGUGGGAAAAUUCUUUAUUUGAAAGCUCAUCCUUUUCUUAAAGAGAACUUGAAUUCAUUCCAUAGAAAAGUCUGAGAAGUAUUACAAAUAGUAUUUAUUAAUGAGUUAAGUUCAGCUUUUCUUCUUCAAUACUGCUUUUAGGCUCUCAGAUAUCUCAGUGGCCUUAAUUUUUCUCUGCUUGUGAAUAUUGCCAAUAUCAGAAACACAUGGAGUAUUUAUUCUAUACUAAAUCUUUUCAAAUAUUAUGUAGUAAAACAGCAGUAUUAGAAAUGCUUCCAGCAGAAGAAUAAAUCAACUGAAUGUAUAAUACCUGUUUCAAAUUACUGUGCUCCCAAUAGAACAGUGAGCUAGAAGACUUUGUUUUUCUUAGCUGUAUGCAUGUGUACAUGCUACUUGUUUAACCAUUCUAAAAUCAAAGAUAUAUUUUUUUGUUCAAGUAUUAAUGAACAGAACACCAUCUACUCAACCAACUUUUGAAAGAAAACUUUGUUGCUUUCAGAGGGGGGAAGAAAAACCACAAAGUUGCAGUAGGAAUUGAAUAGUCUAAGCCUGUUAAAUGUGUAUUCCUGUGUCUUGGGAGGAAUGUCUGGGCUAGAAAGUAGGCCAAAGAAGAGGAGAUAGACUAAAAGUGAGAAUUUUUCUUGCUGCCUUUGUUAGUGGGGUAGGUAGAGGUUUUUGUAGUCUGUGGUCUUGCACAAGAGUUAAUAUUACAUGGGAGUUUUAGCCUUUGCAGUGUGUUGCAGGUAUAUCUCCUGGAGACACUGCUGUUAUUUGCAGUAUCAGCUGCUCACAAAACUUUAGCUUUUCCUUGCCAUCACUUAGUUAUGCAGAAAUAGAAGUCUGCCUUCUUCAUAGUUAUUUCGUGCCUUAAUCAGAAGAGGCUCAGAAGACCAUUAAGCACAGAGAGCAAUGUGGUGAAUAUUCAAAAGCGGACAGGAAUGGAAUGAGCCUAUGAUAGGUAUGGCAAACAUUCCCUUCUUGAUGGGAGCACUGGUGCCUGCUGGGCAGCCUUUGCCAAAGCAACCUUCAAUUGCAUGUUUUGGCUAAGAGUCAUUAGAAUGAAAAGUCCCUUGGUUCUAGGUCUGUGCAGCCAAUAGUGGAAGGGCUGGACAUCCCUUGAAGGGUGGGGAUUUGCAUCCUGUGGCUAACAAAAGCUCUGGGCGCUGCCCUGUUCUUUUCUUUGUUUUAAGCUUGGCAAGGUGUCUCUCCAUGGGCUCCACUGGGUUGCUGCCAGGCACAGUUCCUGUGACAGUGGUGUGCAGUGUUUUAGGCACGUCCCUGGGGAGAAAUGUUUGCUGCUUAAUAACAGGAAAACUAUUUGUCAUAACAGGAAAUACAGAAAUAGUUCCUUAACUGGGAUGUGAUGACUGCUAAUGAUUGUGUAAGUGCAUUUUUUGUAACUUUGGAGAAGGGCACUCUCCAGCAACACAUGAGAACUAGAGUUACAACAGUGACCUACACUUGUCUAGGUGUUCUGCUCUGGCAGGGGGAUUGGACUAGAUGAUCUUUAGAGGUCACUUCCAAUCCCUGAAAUUCUGUGAUUCUGUGAUUUUAUGAGAAAAAUAUUAGAAUUGAACUCUUUGGUCAUUUUUUGAUAGAUAAAAUAUCAUUACAGACACCUUAGCACUCACUGUAGUGCUUUAUAUAUACUUAGAAGUGCUUUCACUCAGCUUUUUAAAGAAUGUCAGUGAAUUUGAGUGUAAUCUUGGAUGUAUUUGUCUUUAAAUGGAUAUAGAGUUCCACAAACACAGGAAGCUAUUGUUGGAUACAUUCAGAAGCAAUCUUGGCACAAUGACAAUAACACAGAACAUAACCAGUGCUUUGGAGGUUCUUUAAAUUCCCAUUGCCUGUCCUACUUUUUCAUCCAUAAUAUCCUUUAGGCAGCAUUUCAGUCUCGUGCUCAAAUCCAGUGACAUUUGUUACGGUCAUAUAACAUCAACUCAUCUGAGUGUGGUUGAAUAAAUGGCUUCUGAGUUCAAACAAGAAAAAAAUACUCUGUCCUUUCUCUCCAUCCCUGAUAACUGCAGAUACUGCAUAAGAAGUGAUGUUGCUUAUUAAUGUGCUAGUCUAGUGGUGAAAAUGUAUUGUGCAGUUCUUUUCAAGGAAAGAUUGUUUCCCUGCUAGCUGCUGACCCUGAAGUGGUCUCUGAAAGACUUCCAGUGGUUUAGGAAUACUGAGUAAGUAGUAUCAAAUUUUUGGAUCUAGUCCAAAGCUGAGCUGAUAAGUGUUCGGACAGCUAACUAACCAUAUGCUGUUUGUGAAGGAAGAAUUACUGCUUUAAUUUCAUCAGUUGUACCUGCUGCUGUUUUAAAGUUCAGUGAUUCAAUUAAAGUUCAAAAUCUGGUUUUGAUUUAUUUUCUGUGUGGUUUGGGGUUAUUGUUUUUGUUGGGAUUUUUUUUUUGUUUGUUCAGUUUUUUUGUUUGUUUGUUUUUUGCAUUUAUGGCAACAAAGUACUCCAUGGUACAUAAGUAGAAAGUGCCUUUCAAGCUUUGACGUUAUGCUAAAUGCUAUUCUGAUGCUUUAUGCUUUAACUAUUUAUGCUUUAUGCUAAAAUGAUAUUAUUUAGGCAUUGAAACUCAAAUAGCUCCUUCCUUUCUGGCUGUGCUUGCUCCCUGUCAUGAGUGAGAUCUGCGAGCUACAAGAAGGUUGGACUUGUCAUUCUUCUCUCUGGUGUUGUCUGAGGGUUUCUUACAUACACGUGCAUAUAGGCAUAUAUGCACAGUGGGCUUCUUUCUGCAACUGUACCUUUCUUUGCCUCCACCGAAAGCCUUUUCUCAGAUGUGAAGUCCUAAUAUUUGCAAAGAGAUAAAUUAGCAGCCCUGAAUGUAUUCAGGAAGGGUGUGGAGAUGGAAGGAUAGGCUUGGGAUUUGUAUUGGGGAAGCAAUGAAUGGAGUAUAGGAAGGGUUUGUGGGUGGUGUGGACUAAUCAUGAUUGGUUUCCUUGUUUCAGUUGACUCUGGGGCUUAACUCCGUAGACAAACUGCAAUAUGAAGAUCAAAUAUGUGUAGCUGUGAUGAAGCAGUAGAGGGCACCAGACAACAAGGAGCAACUUCUUGUAUGGGAGGUUGGAAUGGAGAGAAAAGGUGGAGGAGAGUAAACAGGAACAGAGGGUUAUUGUAUCUUUACUUGCCUUUCUUGGCAAUUGUGUGCCAGGGAUGAAAAUGCUCAGCUGCAGUUUUAAGAAAAGAGGACUCCGUCAGGUGUCUUCUUGUCUACCUGGAGCAACAUGUGAAGUAGAAACUUAAUAAACUGUAGACCCUUUACAUAAGCAUAGCUGCUAGCUUCUGCAUAUAGUGCUUUCUUUUCUUUCCUGCAAGAGCUAAAGAAUUCAGUGAUUUAAGGCUCCUUGUGGUGUAUCUGAUGAACUGAAUUAAACAACGUGCCUAAAACAGUGAUAAUAAAUUGAAAGAUAUUUCAAAAACUUCAUCUUGGUCCUUAUUGACCAAGGCUGCAGCACACAAUAACACAUCCUUACAAAAUUAUUUCUGCCCUUUUGUCAUCUUUGUUCUUAAAAAUUGAGGAGACUAUGAACCUUAAAAAAAAAAAAAAAUACUGCAGUAAGAGUUGAUUUUCAGUGCGUAUGCAGCCAGUUCCUCUCAAAUAAAAAUAUCUAUGCUUUAGGCUUUCUAUUAUUUUGUUGUUUUCUUUUUUCUCUCGGAUAUAUACGUAGGACUGUGUGCUUAACUAAUAUGCAUCAGACUUUGUCAUAGUUCAGAACAAGCUAAAAAUCAAGCAUCAGUAUUGUUCUUGGUUAUUUAAUGAAAAAAAAUGACAUUCAGGCCUGGUCCAUUGCUGAUCUAGCUGGUGCAUAUUAGAGUUGUCUUCUGUAAGCAGUAUAGCAUUUCAAAUUUAUUCAAUUUGCAGUCAUCUGUGAGUGUAUGAUCAACUUCACUAAUAUUUUUCUGUUUGACGUACAUGUGUGAUAUAUACUGACAAGACGAAAAUCUAUUUCAAUUCUAGAUAUUACAGUUCCUGGGAGCAUGUUCACUAAAUAUAUUAUAAAUGCAAUAUUAAGACACAAUACACAAAGUAUUUCUGUUCAGAACUCAAAUUGUGCUGCUGUAAAAUGGGUUUGUGUUUUAUAAGGUAAAAACGAUGAAAGGCACAACGCUGGUAUUUAAGAGUGUUAGUCAGAUUUGUGUUGGUACUAUGCAUUUAAAUAGCAGACAUAUGUCUAAUGCAUUAAUUUUACACUUAAUGUUCAAGUUUGGGACUCCUUUAAGUCCUUUCUAAAGCAUAGCUUCCAGUCUUAUAAUCUGCUAGAAAAUGGGAAUUGCUUGGGAAACAUCAACUUGAACUUCUCCAGGGUGAGGAAGACCAAACAUUGAGGUUUCACUGGGCAGGCAGGCACCCUAACCACCUCACCAUUAAUGGAAAAAAACCACAUGGUUUUGCAUAUUGCUUUUUUGUUUUUGAAGUGUUUUGGUUUGGAUUUUUUGAAGUGCUUUGGUUUGGAUUUUUAUUGUGAUGUUGCUGUUUAUUUCUUAAAAUUUCUUGUCAUCUUCACUAACUUUGUCAAAGCACUACUAGUUGACAAAAUGCAUGGCCAUUUGAUUUCAUCUGUACAAAGCUAAAUUUGGUGUCAUCAAGACUAGAAAAGAAACAGUUACUGAAGGAACAACAAAGAAACACAUCUUACUAAUAUAACAUAGGGCACGAUUCAAGAGAAUAUUGCUGGACUUUCCUUCAAAGCUUUCUCUAUAAAAGCAGACUGGUUGAUCAAGAAAUUGCAGUAAUGACAUGAGUGAGAUAAUAUCCUUCUUUGUGCUUUUAUUUGCAAAGCCACCAGUAAUGUACAAGUUGAUACACUUUCUUUAGUUUGGGUAUCUUUACAAAUGUCAUAAUGCAGCUUCUUGAAAAUCUUUGGUAUAACAUUGUAGAUUUUAAAAAAUAAAAUCUUCAGGAAUGUGAGUAAGGCUAAUGCAACUUGGAGAUUCUGUACACUUCAUCUGUAUAGGAAAAAAAAAUCAUACCAAAGUACUGGCAAGCUCAAUUGUGUAUCAUUAAUAUGUUUCUUCUAGGGGGAGAAGUACUGUCUUGCAGGAAGCUAAAACAGCUGUACAAGAUCAAGAGCCAUAUUCUGUAGGACUGGUGACACUUUAAGGAAACAGAGAUGCAUCAGUGUUAAUCACUUCCAUGAGGGCAUGGUUUUGGUUGGGAAAUACUGAGGCUUUAAUGGGUAGUUAAUUUUAAUAGGCGAGUGUAUACAGGGACCCACUUCAAAGGCUACUGUGAAUGAGAGUCUACUUUAUUGGGGUAGGAACUGGAAAGAUGAUGUAAUGAGGAGCCUUAGUGCAGUAUCGCAAACUAGUGUCUACUGUUUAGCUUCAUUUGGUUUCAUUGCUGCUUCGUCGGUGCAGGGAGGAUUAUCUCUCCUUCUCAAAAAGACAGCAGGAAAAAGUUCAGACCAUUGCUCUGUGGGGCAGAGGGCUUGCUACACGCUGUGGGUUAUCACUUAAGAGCCUGAAAGAGUGAGAUACAUUUCAGAUUACCUAGCAAUGAACAGGCUGACAACUGUCUGAGGAACAGCCCUUGCAUUGAAUUAAUAUAUGCUUGAGGUUUAUAAGCCUUUGGUGAAAGGCUUUAGACAGUUAGGAAAAGUGCCUAUUCUCUCCCUCUGUCCUCCAUUGCGUGUAUUUGUAGGUUUCCUUUCACUUGUGUCUUACUUUGUGAAGGGCAUGAUAAUAAAAUGGUGCCCUUAGUUUGUGCUCUGUUUGUUGUGUCAACAAACAGGAUGCUAAUAAGGAGCAGCAUGCUACCUAUUAAGUUUCUAGGAAACAGCUUCAGGCUGCGAGACUCCUGCAUUGUCUGUAAGCACUUGGUCCCUUACCCACUAAUCAGGCUGUAGCGGACAGUGACGCAUUUGUCAUGCUGAUGGCUCUACUUCAAGGGACGUGCUCUGUCCUUAGUGAAACCCGGAGUGGCUGUGAGAUACGUGGGCUGAGCAUGCCAUGAAAGCAUUACACAGGCAUAGGGUUCUUUGAAGUGCAUAACAACAUCUGAGGCUUCUCUCUCCUUUUCACUGUCCUGUGAAUAAGCAUAUCCAGCUCUAUGCUUGAAAGGGAGGAAUGAAAAGGAAUGAAUUUAAAAUCACAUCGAGACUGGAAGUUAGUGCUGUAAUACUAUAUCUCAGCAGCUGAGUUGGCAUGAAGGGACAGAUACAGACUGAAGAAGCAAUGCUUCUGACUGAAUGCCUUGAGUAAUACAUGCUGGUUCUGCACUCCCCCUCCAGCACUGUACUAGUGUUUAAAAUAAUAAUAAUAAUAAUAAUGCUGAGAAAUCUUUGUACCUCUGGAGGAAAAAAAAAAAAAAGCCAUUUCUGAUGUGUAAGGUUUAAUCUUACUGAGUCAGACUAAGCAUCUAAGAUAGGUUUUACCUGCCUGCAGUUAAAUUUUGUUCAGUUACUGCAACCUUUUAAAAAGCUUCUUUAUGUUAUUUUUGUUCAGAACACCUUGAAAAAGGUUUGAUGGCAGCUAAAUAAAUUGAUGCUUCUUGGCACAGGUUUGUGCCUGACCUUGCAGAGGGACGUUUCAAGAGGCUGCAGUAAGAGUGAAGGAAAGGGGAUGCUGCCAUUCUGCAUUAGGAGGUGUGCAAUUGUCUGCCAGGCUGCAGGCCACAUUGAUGCAGAGGGGAGCUGCAAGAUGGAAAGUGAUGUUUGCCUUCCUACAGCUACUUGAAUCUGGAUUAGCUAGAUAAGUUAGUGGAAGAGCUUCAGCGGCACAGCACCUGCAGAAUUUCAGCUGGGCAGAUUUAGCCAGGCACAUCACUAAAAUAUUGCCACUGACUAGAACUGGCUCACGACUGACAUGCUUGAGGCAUGAGCACAAAUCAGGGCUGCCUGCCUCAGUUGGUGUAGCCAGGCCUGAGGCUGCACUUACAAGCAAACCCUGACUUCUUUGGAGUCUGCAUCUGUGUGGUUGCUAGCCUGGACUCUGGGAGGCACAGAAGAGAAGUGUUUGCUAUUUGCCAAGCUGAAUGUAAGGGAAAGUUGUAGUUGACCAAGUUGUGGAGAUGCCAGGGGAUUGGAAGACUUUCAUCCAAGCCAAGGAUUGCAGGCCCUCCACAGUGUUAGGUUAGUGUUGCUGUGCUUUCCCUGAAUGUUUGUGUGAAACUGUUUCCUGGGUCUAUACCUCAGAGCACGAGUUGUGAAAUAAUUUAGGACUGCAACUUACAGCGAGCCAAAUUUCCAUUUCCUCUCUUAUGUUAUAUAACAUGUGCAUAGCUUCAGAUUUAAUCCGGCAAUUUAUUUGUCGGAAUGUUCUGAAAUGCCAUAGCUUGUGAUGAGGCAAACAUGUUAAAAUUGAAAUGGCAAGAUCAAGUUGUUGAUUGCUCAAAUAACAUAUAUGCUUUGCAGAAGGGGGGAAGAGAACAGAAGAUUUAUAGGGAUUAUUUUGAGGCGUCAGAGUUAGCUGUGUAAUUCAGCCUUUGUUGCUGAUGUCGUUGAACAGAAGUGACAGUCACAUAUACAAUUUAAUCCCCCAGGGCUUGCCAGCUAGGCUUUCCUUAUACAGCCAAUAGAAAAGGGCUUGCCCCAAGCCCUUCUUGAUGUCCCAUUUAGGAUUCUGCUCUGUCACCAUCUUGAGGAGCCUGUUUCUCUGCAGAGGUACUAAAGACAGUCUUGGUUGGAUACCUCAGUUUUUUUUAUACGAAACAAUUAUUUUUAUGCAGCUGAAAUCACUGCAUGAGUCUUCACAUAAUUACGGCUUUAAUGUUACUGGAAAAUGAAUGCUUCAAGCUGUUCCACUUGGUACAAACAGUAACUGUGCUGGCUACCAGAAGCUGUCAGGAGAAGACAGAACUUGGAUGGUUACACUGGUAAGCCACAUGAACACCCUUUUACACUCAUAAUGUGACCCAUUUUCCGAUUACAUCCUCAGUGAACCAGCUGGUGUCAAUUCAUCUGGAUUCUCAUUUCCUGCUAGGAGGCAUCUGACAAAGUCUGUGCAAGUAAUUCACCUGUAUUGUUGAGAUUUUUAGGAAGUGCUAAAGUGUGGCAAAGGUUGGCAUGAAUGGAUUAUAGUGCUGUCCUAAGUUACUGCAGAUUUUAGUCUAGAAAAGCAGAAGUACUGCUGAGUUUUUAUAUCUGUCAUUUUCCACCUGCCCAAUCCAUUUUGUCACAGGUGUUGUUACCUGGAUUCAAAACUUAGAUGGUGCUUUUGCAGUCUAUGUUGUGUACUGGUUUUCAGUGCUGGCUGUGCUUGAUGACUAGCACUCAGGAACACUCAAAGUGACUGUCCAGCUAGAAAUAGGUCUGGGAGAGGGGUAGAGAAAACAUAUGGCCUGUAGUUGUGCUGGGAAAAUCCUGUUUCCUAAAUACAGCUGUGCCACCAGAAAGUGUAUCUGGCCUUCUAAUAAUUAAUGCAGAGAGUCAGGAAAAAAAAAAAAAGACUAUUGCCUGGAUUGUGUGUCUGCUAAGAAGCUGUGAUAGUCUCUGAGAUAGGGCAAUGCCUGCAAGAUGCAUGCAGAAGAUGUCUCUGAUUCCUUCCCAUGAGUGUGCCUGGACUUGUGUAGGAGGCUAAGUCGAAAGUGAGGAGUAACGUUGCCUUGCAAGCUGGACUCGCCAGAUUGGUUCUUUGGUCAGCAACACUGUGGUGAGCCAGGAAUCCUGCACUUGUGCACAGACUAUCAUUAUUAUUUGUAAUCCUUCCCAUCUCAAAACCAUGCUCAUGGGUUUGCUGCAGUUUGUUAUGGACAGCAUAGAUCCUCCGCUCUGGGGUGUUUAUGGGAUCAUAAUUUCUUCAGGCAAAAAUAGCACCUUGGAGCCAACUUACAAAGGUAGUAUGUAAAAACUCUCAAGUUUUAACUUCACUAAUGCUGAGAGACCCGCUCUGAAUGCUGGGUGUUACUCUGAAUGUCAGGUCACUUGCCUAAAGGCAGACACAGAGGCUUUCUAUAGCCUAAGGUCUACACUGGAUGGUCAUUUUUUUCGAACCAAAUCAAGUAACUGAGUAAUUAAAUCACUGACAAAACAACAGCAUGGUAUAAUUAGUCUUCCUGUUAUUACAUGGAGCUUAAAACUUUGAGUUCUGUGCUUAAAAUUCAGAAGCCUUAGCUUCUACAGAGAGAAGUUAAUUCAGAGCUGAUCACCAAAAGUCUUCUCCUUAACCUACCAAGAACAGGUUAUUAAUCAGUUUUUCCAUGUUGUCUUUUAAGUGUUCAUUGUUGGUGAACUGGAGAAUUUUCCUCAGUUUCUAGGUUCUUCCAUAGCAUUACCAGCUGUAGUAAUGAGGAGAGUAUUCAGUGGAAGUGGGGCAAUGAGCAAGGUCCUCACUGCUUUGCUCAUGAUGUCUUGUUGCAAACAUUAGCAGAAGGAUGGGUGCACAACCACUUUAUUGCAUACAUGGUUGAAAUAACCAAGUAUUGUUGAGCUUUUUGGCUUUCAGCUCCCACAGGCAAUUCAGACUCCUUUUGGCUUGUUUGAGCCUUUGUUGAAAAGAAAGGGCCACGGUGUUUGCACUGUUUGACUGCGUUGCAACAACCCUAGUAGCUGAUGCCCAGGCAUUCUUUAUUGAUGUACAGAUCAAAUGACAGCUGGGAGUGGCUUUCUGGGUGACGUCCCACAUACAGUGAUGUCAGCAAAAGAUUUAAAAAAUUCAGGUGUGGCACAAUCUGCCAAUUAAACUGAUUAGAGCUUUGGUGAAGUUUUGAGAAUGGAGCUUUGACUCUACAGCUUUGCUUACUGAAGAAUUUUAUGGAGUACUACUUUUGCCUAGUACUAGGCUUUUGCUUGGUGCCUUCGCUGAAGUGAGCUUUAAAUUGAGGUAGGACCAUACCAAAGGCAUGUGCUAGCUCUGUUGCUAUCUGAGAAAUCUCCUUCUACCUCACAAAUGAUCCUGACUGCUUGGAAGCUGUGACACUGGAGGAAGUCCUGUGACUGAUGAGAUCAGGAUGGAGUGCUUUGCUGCGUUGUUGGCAGAAGUCAAAGCUUGUCAGGAGUCGAUGGAAGCUGGACAGAAGGAACUGAAGCAUGACAUGGAAACAUCUCAAAAAGAAAUCAGAACAGUGCUAGCACUGCAGAGGAGCCAGCAGCAGGUGAAAGAGGAGCUGAAAGCAGAGAUGAAAUCUAGUCACUUGGAUAUAAGAAAUGUACUUGAGGAAAUCCAACGAAUAAGGGAAGAGUUGGAAGCUCGGUUAAAUACUCAGGCCGAUCUGGUCUUACUGAUCAAAGAAGUGAGCACCAACUUAGUAUGUGUAGACAAGGCUUUCCAAAAGAUGGAAGAGAGGCAGGAAGGUUUCGCCAGCCUGCAUCUUCCUACAAAAGAAAAUGUUGAACGAGGGUUUUUCUUUGAAAAAUGCUUACACAAGACACACCUGAGUUUUCAAAAGCCUUUGGAAACUGACAGUUUGGAAGAGGAACCUGAAAAGAAGGUGCUUAGUGUUGACAAGGGCAAGCAGCGGAGUCCUAAAAGCUCAUGCAUACAGACCCAAACCUCCACAGAUGUGCAUUCAACUGGCACAAAAACAGCUGAGUUGGCACAGUACAAAACAAAAUGUGAGAACCAAAGUGGAAUCAUCCUGCAGCUCAAGAAAUUCUUGUCAAGCAGUAACCAGAAGUUUGAAGCAUUGACAGUUGUGAUCCAGCACCUCCAGUCUGAGAGGGAGGAAGCACUGAAACAACAUAAAGAGUUAUCUCAAGAGCUAGUCAACCUGCGAGGAGAACUAGUAACAACUUCUGCAGCUUGUGAGAAAUUGGAGAGAGACAGGAAUGAGCUGCAAGUUACCUAUGAAGGAUUCCUGCAGAAAUUAAAUGAGCAGCAUCACAACGAUUUAGCUGAGCUGGAGGAGAGGCUCAAGCAGUUUUACACCGCCGAAUGCGAGAAGCUCCAAAGUAUCUGCAUCGAAGAAGCUGAGAAGUACAAAGCGCAGCUCCAGGAGCAGGUGGACAACUUAAAUGUCACACAUGAAAACUUAAAGCUGCAACUUGAAAACAGCCACUCAGAAAAAGUAGAGGAGCUGAAAAAGAAAUAUGAAUCCUCUUUUUCGGAGCUCAGGAAUGCCCAUGAAUCCGAAAGGAAGUCGCUUGAAGAUUCCUUUAAAGAGAAGCAGGAAUUGCUAGAGAAAAAAAUUGAUGAAUUGAAAUGUGAAAACGUUGCUCUAAGUGAGAAGCUGAAAUUAGAAGAGCAAAAGCAAACAGCCAAAGAAAAAGCCAGUCUUAAAAACCCGCAGAUCAUGUAUCUGGAACAGGAGCUGGAAAGCUUGAAAGCAGUGCUGGAGAUCAAGAAUGAGAAACUCCAUCAGCAAGAUAUAAAGUUAAUGAAGAUGGAAAAACUGGUGGAAAACAACACCAUCCUAAUGGAUAAAUUAAAGAAGGUUCAGCAGGAAAAUGAAGAAUUAAAAGCUCGGAUGGACAAGCACAUGGAACUUUCAAGGCAACUUUCUACUGAGCAAGCUGUUUUACAGGAGUCCCUAGAGAAAGAAUCAAAAGUCAACAAACGUCUGUCAAUGGAAAAUGAAGAGCUUCUGUGGAAGUUGCACAACGGCGACCUAUGCAGCCCAAGAAAACUGUCUCCCAGUUCUCCAUCUGUGCCUCUUCAGUCCCCACGAAAUUCUGGUAACUUCUCUAGUCCUACAGUCUCACCAAGAUGACAUCUCUUGAAAGAAAGGGGAUUGCAUUUCAUUUGUGAUCUGCAGAACUGAUCAUAACUUUAAUUGCAGGAGCAAGAGCUAUAUUAGCUGAGUAUGACAACUAAACAUAACUGGAAACUUGGUGCAAAAAUGAUGAUAAGAGACUGAGACUACGGGAGUAAGACUCACGUAACUUCUCCCAAAAAGACUUAUGACCUCUAUGGACAGCGUUGCACAAAGCACUUAGAGAGCAAGGAAAGACUUAUUCAUUGCCUUUUCACCUAACCAUAAGGAAAAGCUCAGGGGCUUAGAGAUAAAGAUCACAACCUUUAUAAUAUGUUCCUAUCACAGACACUUUUUUAAAGGCUGUUUGUUUGCGUGUGCGCAUGUGUGCUGCGGAUGGAAUGGAUGUAACACACCGUGCGUGUGUCUAAUGCUGCCUUCUUUGCUGUGUAUGUAAUAAAGGAUAAAAGCUGAAGACUA